UGGAGCGCGCGGCCAAUGGGCGAGCCUGUUACUCGGCAGCCCAGCGAGCGGCGUAGGAGCGGCACUUGGGGCCUGGAAGCGCUCGGCGGCCUCCGGGGUCGGCACCAUGAGCUCCAUCGGAACCGGGUAUGACCUGUCAGCCUCCACGUUCUCUCCCGAUGGAAGAGUCUUUCAAGUUGAGUACGCUAUGAAGGCGGUGGAAAACAGCAGUACAGCUAUUGGGAUCAGAUGUAAAGACGGUGUUGUGUUUGGGGUAGAAAAAUUAGUCCUUUCUAAACUUUAUGAAGAAGGCUCCAAUAAACGACUUUUUAAUGUUGAUCGACAUGUUGGAAUGGCAGUUGCAGGUCUGCUGGCUGAUGCGCGUUCCUUAGCAGACAUUGCAAGAGAAGAAGCGUCCAACUUUAGAUCUAACUUUGGCUACAACAUUCCUCUCAAACAUCUUGCAGACAGAGUGGCCAUGUACGUACACGCUUAUACACUCUACAGUGCUGUUAGACCUUUUGGCUGCAGUUUCAUGUUAGGGUCUUACAGUGUGAAUGAUGGUGCACAGCUCUAUAUGAUUGAUCCAUCUGGUGUUUCAUAUGGUUAUUGGGGCUGUGCCAUUGGCAAAGCCAGGCAAGCUGCAAAGACAGAAAUAGAAAAGCUUCAGAUGAAAGAAAUGACUUGCCGCGAUGUAGUUAAAGAAGUUGCAAAAAUAAUUUAUAUAGUACAUGAUGAAGUUAAGGAUAAAGCUUUUGAACUAGAGCUCAGCUGGGUUGGUGAAUUAACUAAAGGAAGACAUGAAAUUGUUCCAAAAGAUAUAAGAGAGGAAGCAGAGAAAUAUGCCAAGGAAUCUUUGAAGGAAGAAGAUGAAUCAGAUGAUGACAAUAUGUAACAUUUUCUUCACUAUCUCUUCUGUUUGACAUUUCUGUGACAGUUUCAUAUGACUAGCAAGCACCAUGGAUCAUAUAUACCCACUGACCAAUUUUCAUUAAAUUUUUGUCUUAUAAACAUU